AUGUGUUUUUAAGUAAAUUUUGAUUCAAAACAUGUAAAUAUUUAUUUUAAAACAACAAGAAAACAUAUAAAAGAUUGUCUAUUGUCUAUUAAUCAUUUAUUUUUGGAUAUACUUUAGGAAUCUUAAUAUUGUCGAUUUUUGCUUGGAAUGUUAAAAAUUAAAAAUAAUUGAUUAGUAAUAUAGUGAACUUACUUUACCAUAUAUUGACAGAAUAUAAAAAUGGGAAAUCGAUCCAAUAUAUGAAGUAUAUAAAUAGGAUAUUUGUGAAUCUGAUUCUGAAGACUUUUUUAAAUUGUAAUAUGGUUAGAUUUAUUAUACAAAAUGGGUGAAUUCAAAUUAAAUAUUUUCUCUUUGUUUUAGAAGAUUAAAAGAUUAUAACUUUGUAUAAAGUAAGCAUUAUUAAAUGAUUAUAGAAUACUAAAUAUAUCCAAAAUGUUUAGAUAAUGAAGAAUUAUGUGGUGGAGUUUAUGUUUAGAAUAAAUAUUGUGCUCCAAAAGGAUAAUGUCCAAUAAAUAGUAUGUUAUUUGUAACUGGAGAAGGUAUAAUAGAAUAUUAUGAAAAGAGUUGAAGAAAAUUGAUAAAACGAAAUAUACAAAUUAGAUAAAAAUAAAUGAUAAUUUUUAUUUGGUUACAUCUACUUUGGCAGAAUAACUACCAAUAAAUUAAUUAUAAAUUUAUGGUACAAAUCCAUGUGUUAUUAAUUAAUAUUCAAUUUAUGACACAAUAUUUUCAAAUGCAUUUUGUGAGAAUGAUACAGCUUAUAUUCUUUUGAAUUAAAUAGAUGAAAUGACAUUUGCAACUUCAAAUGGAUUUACUUCCAAUACUGCUGAUAAGUAUAUAAAUAAUUAUUAUUAUAAGGGUUGGUGUGUAUUCUCGAAGUUACACAUAAUAUAGUAUUGAAUGUAGAUAAUAAAAUCUAAUAGGUUGGGGAAUAAGAACUUUAAAAGAUAGUAAUGCAAUUUAUCCAGUAUUAUCAAUAUUAAUGAUAAUGAGUAUAAUUCAUUUUGGUUUGAUUGGAUUUGUUUAAUCAUUGUAUUACUUUUUGUAAGUUCAAUAUUAAGCUCCAACAAAUAAAAGUGUUCAUUAAGGAUUAUUAAUUGUUAAGAUAUUUAUUUAAUAUUUUCAUUCAACUAUGAUUACAUUAACAUUUGGAUUAUGGGUCGAUAUUAGAUUAUUUUUAUAGAUAUCUUCUGAUUUAAAUUGUAGUGAUACCUAAACAGAAACUUUUAUUAAUAAUGAAUUAGAUAAUAUUGAUUCAUAAUGGAGAUUAAGUUUUGUUAUGUUUUUAAUGUUUGUUGUAUUUGCUUUACUUGAAUGCACUGCAUUUUCUUUUUGUUUAGAUAAAAAACUUAAAUAGAAAAUUGAACCAAAAUUUAGAUUAAUUACUUUUUCCACAGUUAAUUAAUCUUAAUUAGGAACAAAAUCAGAUAAUUCCAAUUUAUAUAUGUAUUUUAAGCCUUAAUUUAAUUUAUAAUAAGAAUUGAAUCUUUAACAAUAAUUAGGAGCUAAAUAACUUGAUUAAUCAGAAUUUCCAAAUCAAUUCUUAGAAAAUUAAUAUUAAUUAAACAAUAAUGAGCCUUCAGCUUCUUUGGAAUAGUCUAAUUCUAUUGAUCCCCCUCUUUAAUAGUCAAUUUAAAGUCCAAUUAAAUAGUAAUCUUUAGAUUAAUAAAAAAACUAUUAAGCCCCUUAUAUUUCAAAAAUGCAGUAAAAUUAAAAUUAAAGAGUUAUACAAUAGGUAAAUCUAACACCAUAACAAUAAAUUGAUUUAGAAAACUUUUAAUCAUAAUAAGUGCCUAUUUAGAAACCUUCUUAAAAAUAUGAUAAUAUUGAUGAUCAGAUUGAGAGUGAAGAACUAAACAAUAGAACUUAUUAAGUUCACAAAUGA